CCUCUUUCGCGAGUAAUUUGAUUUCUUUUGUUGGAUUAUGCCUAGUUUUCCACAGAACCUCUAAAGCUUCUCUUCUUGUAACACUGCCUAUCAAUCCAUGGUUUUGCCUUCCUGUUGAUAUGUUUCUGGGGUUCUGUUGCCUUAUGAAUUAUGUCCUAUGAGUUGUAUCCUCCUGCUGUAUACAUUCUGCUACUUUAAGAAUGGUGUUUUAGUAUGCUUGAAGCAUUCCUGUAUCAAUUUUCCUAGGAUGAUCCUCGAUUCCUAGAUUAUGAUCUUCGGUGGCUUUGCUUGGUUCCUAUUCUUCAGUUUAAAUAUCGCUUCUGCCGGUAGAUGUUUUCGUAUUACUACAUUGUCGUUUACUUUGGUGAAUGCUUUAUCGACUCAUAUCAUGUUGCUGAAAAAGAAGGCAAUUGCACUAGAUCCAAUUGGCCCUACAUAUAUUUUCUCGGUUCGGGUGUUUGGGGACUUGGGUGAUUUGUUCAGUACACUUGAGAACCCUUCGAUGUUCCAUAGCCUACAUUGUAAUAUAUUUUCCUUAAUUUCUUCCCCUCUCCUUUUUGUCUUCGCCGUUCCUACGUAGCUAUUUUUUGUCUUUUUGUUUGUUUCUAUAUUAUCUGUACUUCGCUUAGUCCGUAUGUGACCCACUGGAUUGCGUGUUUGGUUGCCAUCGCGGAAACUAUCAAAAUGGAAACUAUCUCCAUAAUAUACAACAUCUUUGGGACUUCGCGAUCAGCCACGUCGACGUGAACAUUAACGGGUUGGCCGGCCAAUGUGAAUCUGUGUGACCAGAUUGUGACCGAGUGACGUGGUUUGACGUGUGCUGCGCUGGCCGUGCCUGCUGCCUGAUCACUGCUUGUGCGUUCGUUUCGCGUGUAAGACGACCAUACGGCGACUAUUUUGAUUUUUCUAACUAGAAUCGUCAAGUGAUAACGCCGUAUAACGAAGGCCAUUUGAUUGUUUCAAUAUAUUUGAAGAAUUUAGUAAAGUAAUAUGAAGAAUUCUGCUGCAAAAUCUAGCGGAAAGCAACCUAAAUCGUUUACACGAGAAGAAGAACUUCUUCUUCAAGAUUUCAGCAGAAAUGUUACCACAAAAUCUUCGGCAUUGUUCUAUGGCAAUGCCCUUAUUGUAACCUCAAUACCCAUAUGGCUGUUUUACAGGAUCCACAUGAUCGAUGUUUAUUCUUCAAUUAUUUCUUUCAUUGUUGUAACGUUAGUUAGUACUUACUUGGUAGCUCUUGCAUACAAAAAUACCAAGUUCAUUCUGAAACACAAGGUUGCUGUAAAACGAGAAGAGGCUGUCACAAGGGAAAUGACUAAGAAAUUGGCUGAAGACAAAAAGAUGAGCAAAAAGGAAAAGGAUGAAAGAAAUUAUAUUCUUUCUGUUGGUAGUGCUGGUGGCUUGAUUGCUUUGUUGUCAACAGGAUCCCAGUGAAUGAUUCUGUGGAUGGAUGUCUUAUUUCACUGCCAUCAACAAUGAAUGUAUUGUUAUAUUUAAUAAAUUUUUGUAUGACUAUGAUGGAUUUUAUUUUCUGUUUGGCUUUUAGGUUGUUUCCCUUCAUGGUUUCAUUAUGUACUCUAACAUUUGAUAUUAUUUUGUUCAGAAUUUGAACAGUGUAUACAUAAUUUUCUUCUAAUGAAAUAAAUGCUCUGUAAUUUGUUAUGGUUUCUUAGUAUUUAUAAGAAAGAAUACUCGAGCACUGUGUGAAUUAGAAAUCAUCUUCAAAAAGGUAAACAUGAUUUUCACGUAUGUCACAAAAUCUGUAUGAUUUGUAGGUAUGCCCUAAGGAACCUUCUUUUGUCCAAUUAUCUUCAUUUAGUUGCUUUGAUUUAAACCUUUCAAAAUGGGGCAAUAGUAAAUGAGGUGCCUGUUAUAGGUUAAUUGUAACCCUAGUAAGGAGAAAUUCACUUUUCCUGCAAGAGGGACCACUCCCCGGAGGGGGGGACUGACUCGCAUUCUUCCCACCCCCUCUUCUUCAUCAGUUCCCUCCCGCACUCUAGUCUUCUCCCCUUUCUAUGUUUCUGUAACUUCAAUGCACUGAUGUAGUAGACCUUACUAGAAUACUGAUUUCUGUAGUGGUGUUUCCUGAAAUUUAGAAGGGGUGGGGCAAAUCCAGAAAAGGCAGCCAUAGGAAUGAUUUUAAAAAAAAUUCCUUCAAAGGUCUUCAGAAUUAUUUUUCUAUUUUGACUUAAGCAAAUCUCUUAAUCACUGAAUGAAAGCCUAUUUAGUUUCCUUGGCUGUUCUUUCUGUUUUUUUUAUUUAUGGAGCCUUAAAGAAAUUGCUUGCUAUUAUCAAUUACAUUUUAGACUGUUCUGCAUUCCAAAGCAUAACCCUAUGUGGUCUAAUAAUAAUAAUAAUAAUAAUGCUUGAGUGAUAGCCAAAUAAU